AUGAAGACUGUGCUUGUGCAGGGGCAUGUACCGAAACACCUACACGUCAAUCAGAGCAAAGAGUUUCACAACAAAGAAUUCACGGCUCUCAUGACGCAUCAUGGUAUAAAUAUGCACUCGUCAUUCAGUAACUUGAAGGCAUCGAUAUGCGAACGCUUUAAUCGAAAGCUGAAAAAUAAAAUGUGGAAGCAAUUUACUCUACGUGGUUCCUACAAAUGGCUCGAUAAUCUGCCCAAAUUAAUUGAAUCUGACAACAACACCAAACACCGUACAAUUAGAAUAAAGCCGAAAUACGUUAUGGCAGCCAACGAAAAACAAUAG